AACUUUAGAGAGACCUGGAUGGCUUGUGCUUGCCCUCCUCCCCAUGGGGGCCAAAACAUGCAGGACAGGAACUGUUGACAAUUAAGUGAUGAAACUCUCCAAAAAAAUGGAGGCAGAGAAAGACUCUGGAAGAAGAUUGCGCUCUAUUGGUAGAAGAAGGUACGAUGAGAACGAGGACCUCUCCGACGUGGAGGAGAUUGUCAGCAUCAGGAGUUUUAAUUUGGAGGAGAAGUUAAAGAGUAAAAUGUAUCAUGGGGAUUUCGUGCAUGCCAUGGAAGGGAAAGAUUUCACUUUUGAGUACGUGCAAAGAGAAGCUCUCAGGAUUCCCCUUAUUUUCAGAAGUAAAGAUGGACUUGGAAUUAAAAUGCCUGACCCAGAUUUCACCGUCAGAGAUGUGAAGUUACUAGUGGGAAGCCGUCGGAUUGUGGAUGUAAUGGAUGUGAACACACAGAGAGGGGUUGAGAUGAGCAUGUCCCAGUUCGUGAGGUAUUAUGAAACACCAGAGGCCCAGCGUGAGAAGCUUUACAACGUCAUCAGUCUGGAGUUCAGUCACACCAAGUUGGAGAACAUUGUCAAGCGCCCCAAUGUGGUGGAUUUAGUCGACUGGGUGGAUAACAUGUGGCCGCAACAUUUGAAGGAGAGACAGACAGAUGCUACUAAUGCCAUUUCGGAGAUGAAAUACCCUAAAGUGAAAAAGUAUUGUUUGAUGAGCGUGAAAGGAUGCUUCACUGAUUUUCACAUUGAUUUUGGUGGCACUUCAGUGUGGUAUCACGUUUUCCGAGGAGGGAAGAUCUUCUGGCUGAUUCCGCCUACUCUGCAGAAUCUAGAACUUUAUGAAGAAUGGGUUCUCUCGGGAAAGCAAAGUGAUAUCUUUCUGGGAGACAGGGUGGAACGAUGCCAAAGAAUUGAGUUGAAACAAGGCUAUACAUUUUUUAUUCCUUCAGGGUGGAUACAUGCAGUUUAUACUCCAGUAGAUUCUCUGGUGUUUGGUGGAAAUAUCCUGCAUAGCUUUAAUGUUCCCAUGCAGCUUCGCAUCUAUGACAUUGAGGACAGAACAAGGGUGCAUGCCAAAUUCCGUUAUCCUUUCUACUAUGAAAUGUGCUGGUAUGUUCUGGAGAGAUACGUGUCCUGUGUGACCCAGCGCUGUCACCUCAGCAAAGAGUACCAGAAAGAAUCAAUGUUAAUUGAUGCAAAAAGAAAACGCAGCAUAGACAGCUUCUCAUCAGAUUCCUGGUUAGACAUGGAUGAAGAAUCUUGUGAUGCCCACCCCCGGGAGGAGAAGGAUGACAGCUUGGAUCAGAACCCCAAACCCGUGGGUGACGGCUCCUCCUCGCCCAACAGCACACACUCCGAGGGGAAGGAAGGGGCUGGGAGGAAGCAGAAAGCCACAGUAAUGCGGUACCUCAAAAGAACUUUGUCCAAUGAGUCAGAUGACAGCGUGAAGUCGACAACCCCCACGGACUAUCCCAAAACGCCCACAGGGUCACCAGCCACAGAAGUCUCCACCAAAUGGACUCACCUCACAGAGUUUGAAUUGAAGGGUUUGAAAGCCCUGGUUGAAAAGCUUGAAUCCCUCCCAGAGAACAAGAAGUGCGUUCCAGAAGGCAUUGAGGAUCCCCAGGCUCUGCUGGAGGAUAUGAAGACCAUUCUGAAGGAGCAUGCAGAUGACGAUCAGAACCUUGCCAUUUCGGGGGUCCCCGUUGUAAGCUGGCCUAAGAAGACCACAAAGAACAGAGCAGUCGGACGGCCCAAAGGGAAGCUGGGCACUGCCUCUGCAGUGAAGCUCGCGGCGAAUCGGACGACGGCAGGAGCGCGCCGGAGGAGGACGCGAUGCCGCAAGUGCGAGGCGUGUCUGCGGACAGAGUGCGGCGAGUGUCACUUCUGCAAAGACAUGAAGAAGUUCGGGGGGCCUGGCAGGAUGAAGCAGUCCUGCAUCAUGAGGCAGUGCAUUGCACCGGUGCUGCCUCAUACUGCUGUGUGUCUGGUGUGCGGAGAAGCUGGGAAGGAGGACACGGUGGAAGAGGAGGAGAGCAAGUUUAAUCUCAUGCUAAUGGAGUGUUCUAUUUGUAAUGAAAUCAUACACCCAGGAUGCCUUAAGGUGAAGGAGUCGGACGGCGUGGUUAACGACGAGCUGCCCAACUGCUGGGAGUGCCCCAAGUGCAACCACGCAGGGAAAACUGGGAAACAAAAGCGCGGACCAGGAUUCAAAUACGCAUCCAAUCUCCCAGGCUCACUGCUGAAGGAACAGAAGAUAAAUCGAGACAACAAGGAAAUUACAGACGCUGCAAAGCGGAAAAGCGAAUGUGAAGAGACCCCCAGGCGGAAGUCAGAGGAACAUGCUAAGAAGUCUCCUGUUGACUCCAUCUCGAGGAGAAAGUCGGAUGAGGUGCAUCUGCGAAGGAAAAGGAAAUUUGAGAAACCCCAAGAGCCUGCUAUGAGGAAACGGCUAAAACUUGGAAAAGAAGAGAAACUCUUCAGGAAAAAGAGGCGAUCGUGGAAGGCGACAGACGACCGACCCACUGUGGUCAAGCCCCUGCGGCGUCUGAAACAGGAGCCUGAGGAGGACCUGCCAGAGGCACCUCCGAAAUCCAAGGAGAGUGACCAGUCACGAUCAAGCUCCCCCACCGCGGGGCCCAGCACGGAGAGCGCCGAGCCCAGGGACAAGAAGAAGUUCAAGAUACGGCGGAAAAGGCGGCUCCCGAAUAAGGAACUGAGCAAAGAGCUCAGCAAGGAGCUCAACCAGGAGAUCCAAAAAACCGAGAACAGCCUUGCCAACGAGAACCAUCAGCCCAUCAAGUCGGAACCAGAGAGCGAGAACGAGGAGCCCAAGCGGGCGCUGAACAACAGCGAGAGACACCACAAGUUCAGCAAAGGGCUGAACGGGACUCCUAGGGAGCUGCGGCACCAGCUCAUGCCCAGCCUGCGGAGCAACCUGCGGGGCAUUGCCCGCCCGCCCCCUUCGCUCUCUCCUCCCAAGUGCAUCCAGAUGGAACGCCAUGUCAUCCGCCCACCCCCCAUCAGCCCCCCUCCGGACUCACUGCCCUUGGAUGAUGGGGCAGCCCACGUGAUGCAGAGGGAAGUCUGGAUGGCUGUCUUUGGCUACCUCAGUCAUAGAGACUUGUGCAUCUGUAUGCGAGUGUGCAAGACCUGGAACAGAUGGUGCUGCGAUAAACGACUAUGGACCAAAAUAGAUCUGAACCAUUGUAAAUCCAUAACUCCGCUCAUGCUCAGUGGUAUCAUCAGGAGACAGCCUGUAACCCUUGACCUUAGCUGGACAAACAUAUCCAAAAAGCAGCUGAGCUGGCUCAUCAAUAGGCUCCCAGGUCUGCGAGACCUGCUGUUAUCAGGGUGCUCAUGGAUAGCAGUGUCAGCACUUUGUAGUUCCAGUUGCCCUUUGCUCCGAACCCUGGAUGUCCAGUGGGCAGAAGGAUUAAAAGACGCACAAAUGAGAGACCUCUUGUCACCGCCAACAGAUAACCGGCCAGGUCAGAUCGACAACCGGAGUAAACUGCGGAACAUAGUUGAGCUGCGUUUGGCUGGUCUGGAUAUUACAGACGCUUCUUUGAGGUUGAUCAUAAGGCACAUGCCCCUGCUUUCCAAACUCAAUCUUAGUUACUGUAACCACGUGACCGAUCAGUCGAUCAAUCUGUUGACUGCGGUAGGAACCACCACACGGGAUUCCUUAACAGAAAUCAACUUAUCAGACUGCAAUAAGGUUACUGACCAGUGCCUGUCUUACUUUAAACGCUGCGGAAACAUCUGUCAGAUCGACUUGAGGUACUGCAAGCAAGUGACAAAGGAAGGCUGUGAGCAGUUCAUAGCGGAAAUGUCAGUAAGUGUUCAGUUCGGUCAGGUGGAAGAGAAACUUCUGCAAAAACUGAGUUAGUUAAAGGACAAGUGUGUAAAUAUUGGGGCAAGGGGCGGGAAAGGGACUAACAACCUGCAGGAUUUUAUUUUCAAUUGGAAACUUGGAAUAUAUCAAAGAUUGGAUUUUACAAGUCCUGUCAAGGAGAGAACAACAUUUAAACUACCCACGUAAGAAUUUCAACCUGUGCCACUAAGUCAGUCUACCUGGGAUGUCCUGCACUGGCUCUUAUGCAAAUCCAUAAGGCGACUGUUAUUGAUGAUAGAUGCUCACACCCGGAAGAAGACUGAUCAUGAAGAAAUACUGUUAUUUAAAGUACCACAGCAUGUGCUUGGUAGUGUAAAUUUAAUUUCCGCUCCUCAUUUCUUAAAAACAAAAAAAGUUGGUGUCAUUGAAGUGGACCAUGCACUGCAUUUCUGCCUUCUUAACACGUUUUGUUUUGUUACAUCUGACAUUAUGCAGAACUAUUUUUGUACAAAAUUGUUUAAAAAUUAUUUAUGCAAUGUUUGAAUGCAUUACCAGUGUUUUGGUUUCGAUUGCCAAUUUUUAUCUUUACUUAUGGUAGGAGAGAACUUAACCUAUACUUCGUAGACAAUAUCCAUCUCUACAAAAUGUGCCCAGGUCAGGAAAAGUAGGUUAAUACUUUCAACUUAAGCAUGUUUUAAUGGAAGUUUAUAUCCUGCUUUGUAUACUUCAGAAGUGACAUAAGCAUGUUGUGGAAAUAAGGUGUAAAUUAUAGUUGAAGUAAGACACUUUGCCAAGUUUUAUCUGUAUAGAAAUCACCUUUUUCUCAAAAUUUUAAAGAUUCCAAUUUCAGCUUUUGCACAUAGGAGGGUUUCACUCUGUAGCAUGAGCUCUUGUACUCAAUAUGAAAUUUAAUUUAUACAGUGAGUCAAGCAGUAGAAUAAAUGGUCAAGCGUAGUCUUUUUCUCUUUCUUUGAAGUGUGAGUUGAGUUCUCAUUUAAGGUUUAUGACAUGGUUAUUUCCUGAUUGUAAAAUUCUGCAUUCAUAAGUGCCAUUGUUGUAAGGUGGUGUUUUCGUAGACCUUCCUGAUGCAGUUUUACCUUUGUUGAAUUUGUAUAAACAAUUGUACAAAACCA